AUGGAAAUUGGCGAAUUUGUUCAAAAAUAUUCUUAUCAUAUCCCUCAUUUGCACGAAACAUGGGAUGAGUUGAAUGAUUCUGAUGAUAUAGACUUGCUAGUAAAAAUUCAAGGCAUAAAAAACUAUGGUCAAGUUUUAUCGACUGCCUGUGAAACAAUCGCAACAUGUUACAAUAAUUAUUAUAUUGAAAACUCUGAAAAUAUAAUAUCCAACUAUUUCAUAUAUAAGCUGCGCACUUCUUUUGACAACUUAAAGAUGCCAGAAGUGAAGUACAUUGUGUACAAUCACGUAAUGGAAACAUUAUUUUCCUCUGGUCCGACAACUAUUACUGCUGAAAACAUAGCAAGCUCGUUAAAUGAGCAAAUGAAAGCAAGGGUUUGUCUGUUCCUAAACCCUUUAAGGUUACAAAUAAGAAACAUAUUAUCUGCUACUCCCUUAACCAGGGAUGUAUUGAACAAAGCUCCCUUUGAUAUAUUGCCGGCUUUGAGAUAUAUACUUGAGAACUACAAGUCAACAAUUGCCAAAGAUCAGCAAUCACAAAUAGAAGUAGCCCAGCAAGAGCAACAAUCCGUAGAAGCAGUAGUGCCAUUAAUCCAGCAAAGGAGAAGACCAAAGAAGAAGAAGCCAAAACAGCAUGGCCAAAACAUAGCUGGUAUUUUUGGAAGAAGUAGUCCAAAAAAACCUGAAGAGACGGUGUUUAACUUUGCUCAAAGAUGCUUCUAUGAUAAUUUUGAUUUUAAGCUAUCUGAAGAGGUUGAUCGUUACUUUCGUCCUUGCACUGUCGAUCAAAAUAGGUCUGAUGUCUUUGUAUCCUAUCAUGGUAAAAACGAUUUGAGGCGUUUGUCAACUGCCGAGUAUUACAACAUGAAUGGCACUGUCAACCGACAAAAGCUAGAGCAAGUUAGAAAGAAAAGGUUGGAUAUAGAGCAGAUUGAAACCCACUUUCCCUCAUCCAAAACUGCAAAACUGCAAAGCUCCAACAUUAUACAGAAUAUGUUAUGUAUGCUCUUCAACAUUUUCGAGCCUACAAAGGCUCUCAACAAGCAAUUGAAAAUGCAGUCAACAUUCUCAUUAAUGGUGCAAAAAAAAUAUAACAAAAGGAAAAGAAAAAACACCAAAAAGAAUAAGCGGAAGAGACGCAAGACAUCAAGCAGUUAUCAAUACGGUCAUCAUGAUAAUUAUCCACCAAAUACAGAGGGAAUGAGGUCAAGGUAUAGCACAUAUUUCUUAUAUUCUUCUCCUUAA